AUGGUUAGUGUGCUAAAUUAUCCCAUAAGUCAACUGGUCAUUGGAGAGGAAUCGCUUGCAAAAAUUGUUAACUAUCUGGAAAAUAAAGCUCUCAGCGGCAGUAUAAAAAAUACAGACACAAUCUGCACAAUAUUUUUGCAAAAACUUAAAAAUGUGAUUGACAUAUUUGAAGAAGUAGAAUUGGACUUGGUCCAUACAGAGAACAAAAUAGAUGAAAUUCGUAGAACUGUGUAUAUGCUUGGAAAUCAGUUUGACAGAAUAGGUCGAUUCUGCAUGAACGAAAUUCCAUUUGUAGUACAGAAAGAACAUGAUCAGGCUUCUAACAAUCUAACUGCUUUAAAAUGGAAUAUCAAAAAAACUCAAGAAGAAUACAAUAAAGCAUUUAAUAGACUGAAAUCGCUAACCGCAUCAAAAAAGUAUAUUGAAAGUGAGAUUUCACAACUGACUGGAUGCACAAAUCUGGUGAAUGAAAAAUCUUUAAUUACAGAGGCAGAACUUAAGGGAAUUAUCGAUCGAACAACUAAAGCAUUAGAAACACUUGCAAAAGCGAAUGCUAAGUUAAACGAAACACAAAUACAUUAUAAUGCUGUGAAACAAAAAUCUGAAGAGAUUCGAGGGAAUUUAGCUAACGAUGUUCGCAAAGCUGAACAAAAUUUAACUGAUGCUCAAACUAAAUUAAAAGAAGCUAUAGAUAUUGAACCAAUACUUAUACAAGAAACAAUAAAUAUGAAAAAUAAAAUUGAAUCAUUAAAAUUACAAAUUCAAACAUUAACUGAAACAUUAAAACAACAUCAACAAAUUAUGAAUGAAUUAAAACAACAAUUAAUUGAAUUAGAUAAAAAUUCUAUAAAUAAACAAUAUAUAUUAGAUAAUUUAUUAUUAUGGAUUAAAAAAAAUGAAGAAAAUUUAAUUAGUCAAUUUAAUGGUAAAUUAAAUAAUGAUUAUAAUAUAUUAAAUCAAUUAUUCAAUGAAAAAUCAGAACAGUUUUAUAAAAUUAAAAUGAAUGAAACACAAUUAAAAGUUGAUAAUGAUCAUUAUGAAAAACGUAUUAUAGAUUAUCAAAAUGAAAUAAGUAAAUUAAGAAAAUCUAUCGAAUUACUUGAAUCACGUUUACAUACUGCACAAGAUUUAUUACAAGUUUCAAAUACUGAUUAUAAUCGUAUACAAUUAAAACAUUCAUCAGUUAAAGAUGAUUUAGAAUUAACUAAAUCUCGAACAAGAACAGAACAAGAUGAGAAACAAAAUAUGUUAAAAUAUUUACAACACAAAAUAAAAGAGUUUGAAAAUGAAUGGAAUCAAGAAUAUUCUACAAUGUGUAAUAAAGUUCAAACACUAGAUGAUUCUCUACUGAAAUCUAAAACAAAAUUCAGUGAAUUAAAAACAAGAUUAGAAGGAAUGACGAAUGAGAAGAAUUUUCUACAGGAGAAACAAAAUAAACUUAGACUAUCAUUAUUAGCACUAAUGAAAGUGAAACUACGAGGAACUACAAAAUUAAGUCAGUUGAGAUGUACGAUUGCUGAUCUUACUAAAACAAACAAAACAUUGGUCUCAGAAAUAAACAUUUUGAAAAGGCAAACUGAAGAAAUGAAUCAACUUCAAACCAAACGUGAAUUACAACUGUCUAACUUAAUGAAAACUCGUGAUUCAGUAUUGAAAAAACUAAAGGAGGAUUUAAGUGAGAAACUCUCUCUUAAUAUAAAAUUAUCUGAUCAAUAUAUUAAAAUGCAAGAAGAACAAAGCAAAUUGUUAUCAUUAUUUUACUUAGCUGUAACAAAUUCCGUAUUAGAUCAAAAUCAAUUAUUCAAUGCAGAACAACUUUUAGCAUUGUGGGCAAGAAUUUUACGUCAACGUAAUUAUUGGGAAUUGAAACAGCAAGCAAAACAAGAAAUAGAAGUGAAUGGAUUAUUAAAUCAAAAUGAUCAAAUUAAUCAACAAAUUAAUAAAAUUAAUGAAAUCAAUAUGAAUAUGAAACCAAUACUCUCUAUAGAGUAUAAAACAUGA